CUGUAGUGAGAGUAGACUUUUCCCUGAUCGUAAGCUAGUACGAAAUUGACGAUGAGUUCUACCGAUUCUAACAGCAGCAUAAACAACGGCGUGCAGCGUGAUGAUCGUGACGCAUUUGGUUCAUUCGGCAGGAACAAUGCAGUUCCUGCUUCUAUUGUAGAACAGUUCUCACCUAAUCAGCGUUAUGAUGUCUACUAUAAUAUGAAUCAUUCCAAGCGUGGUCUAGCUCUUAUCUUUAAUCAUGAAUUUUUUACUGUCUCGCAUCUUAAGUCUCGUUGUGGUACAAAUAUUGAUUGUGAAAAUUUAAAAACCACUCUGAAAGAUCUUGGUUUCGAAGUAAAUGACUACCACAAUUUGACUCAAAAGGAUAUAGUAAAACAAUUAGAAAAAGUUGCAGAAAUGGAUCACUCUGAACACGAUUGUUUAGUAGUGACUGUAUUAAGUCACGGUGAACUUGGACUACUCUAUGCUCAUGAUAGUGCAUACAAAGCAGAUUCUCUAUGGAAUUAUUUUACUGCCGAUAAAUGCCAGACUCUUGCUGGUAAACCUAAGCUAUUCUUUAUUCAAGCUUGCCAAGGUGAUAAGCUGGACCCGGGCAUUGUUCUUAAAGAACGUACUGAAACCGAUGGAUAUCCAUCCGCUGCAACAUUUCGCAUUCCUACUCAAGCGGACUUUCUCAUUGCUUAUUCAACCAUCCCAGGUUAUUUUUCCUGGAGAAACACCAGCCGUGGAUCCUGGUUUAUGCAGGCAUUGUGCAUAGAAUUACGCGAUAACGGUACUCGUUAUGAUUUAUUGACUAUGCUGACAUUUGUAUGUCAACGCGUUGCCGUGGAUUUUGAAUCUAAUACGCCCGAUAACAUGGCUAUGCAUCAGCAGAAACAAAUUCCAUGCAUUACCACUAUGCUGACGCGCUUGGUAAAAUUUCCACCUCCAAGAAAUGGAGUUUUAUAGUCUGUAGGGUAAUGAAAAU